CGCGAACCGGACAGUAUGAUCGCUCGGAUGUUUGCGCAGGAUCAGAUGAACCCGUCGGAACGCGAUGCACAGGGUGCGUACCUCAUCGAUCGCAACGGGCAGUACUUCCAGCCGAUUUUAGACUAUCUGCGCCACGGACAAAUCAUCUGCGACCAGCAUGUGAACCUGCUGGGAAUCAUAGAGGAGGCUCGCUAUUACGGGCUCGAGGGGCUGAUACAGCUUAUCCACAACAACCAGAAAGAGGACGUCAUGCUCACGCGGUUGGACGUAAUGCGGAUCCUCGUCUCGUCACCGCACAUGUCCGAGCUGCGCUUCCAGGGUGUUUACCUCGCCGGCAUGGACUUAUCGAAUCUCGAUCUCACCAACAUUAACUUCAAAUUUGCCUGCCUGGCGAACUGCAACCUGACGAACGCGAACCUCAGCCACUGCCUGCUGGAGCGCGCUGAUCUGCGGCACGCCAUUUUGGACGGAGCAAAGCUGGGCUCGGUGCUGGCGAUGUGCGCAGAUCUGGAGAAUGCCUCGCUCCGGAACUGCGACUUCACUGAUCCGGUUCAUGGGUCGUGCAACCUGGAGAGUGCCAACUUGAAGGGGGCUACGAUUGAAGGCAGCGCCAUGGAUGGUGUCAAUUUGCGCGUGGCCAACCUGAAGUUCACCAACAUGCGCAACUGCACACUGAUCGAUGCCAAUAUGGCUGGUGCCAACUUGGAGGGCAGCGACUUGUCCGGAAGCAAUCUGAAAGGUGCAAAUCUUCGUGGUGCCAACCUAAAGGACGCACAGCUAGAGCUGAUGAUGGCCCCGAUCCAUCUGACGCAGAUAGAUAUAUAUUGAACUGUUAUUAGAGAUAUUAAGUAAGCGCGCGAUGAACAAUAUUCGAGAACUGAACCUAAACAGUAAGAAGCGCACUAUCGACACAGCGUGAAUG